AUGACUGAAAGUAAAAAAGAAAGCAAAGAAAUUGAUGACACUUAUAAAUCAUCACCGCUAGAAGGGAUCUUUUUAGAGGAGUUUCCUCACGCUUUGAUACAAAAGGAAAAUAAAUUGAAUGCUCCUUCAACAAUCCCAUGUGAUUUUGAGGGAAAGAGGCUAACAUUUUCCCUGGAAUGCUACGCUUUGCUGAUUUAUUUUUUGAUUUUUUAA